AUGUUGGUUCGGGGCAGCAGACAUGCCACGCCACAGGAUGAAGCUGUCGAUGACAGUCAACGGCGGCAGCGUGGUAACGACAACCACUGUGAGAAGCCCAACAGGCGUACAGUCAGGAUCAAGAACUACAGCGAACCUGGCAAAACAGGACAUCAGUCGCAUCUCGAUAAGCACAUUGUAGACCAUGGAUUGGUCUCGGUGUAUGUAGCGUGCCUGACAUGCAACUGCUGGAACUGUCAGAUGGUGCUUCGGUUGCGCGAUCGUGGGAAGGAACAUGGGAACGGGUUUCCUCGUGGGCAGGAGGGCAGGACCCUGAGCAUUUCAUCUGCCUCUGUGGAAAGCUUGCAGUGUGCGAGUGCCGCGCUAGUCAAAGCGGACCAAGCAGUGCAUGCCACCUCAACGGGUUCGCUGCCCCACGACACACCAAAGCCAUCAAGGUUUGGUGAUCAUUCACACCCUGAUCUCUCCUGA